GAUACUAUGGCCAAAUCAUCCGAAGUAGAAGAUAACGCUACUUUGAACUCUGAAAUUAUCCCUAAGAAAAUAGAUAAAGAAAAUCGAAGCCAGACGAUCAGCGUCUACGAUCAAAUAAGGCCCAAAAACGAGGGCUCGUUUAUGUCCACUGUGAGAGAAUGGGAAAAGAUGGCUGGCUUCAAGACUCCAAUAGUGUGGAUCAACACCAUAGCAAUCUCCCUCGCCCAUGCUCUAGUACUGGUGUCAGUCUAUUUUUUAAUUAUUGACGGUCGUUAUUAUCCGAAAUGGCAGACUAUUGUAUUUCAGUGCUUAUCAAUUGUGUUGACCACCUUCGGCAUCGGCGCCGGUGCUCACAGGCUCUGGAGCCAUCGCGCCUACAAAGCGAAGCUUCCUUUACAAAUCAUAUUAGUGAUAGGCUACACCAUGGCUGGAAUGAACGACCUGUACCAGUGGGUGCGCGACCACCGCGUGCACCACAAGUUCUCCGAGUCGUCUGCCGACCCUCACGACGCCAACAGAGGCUUCUUCUUCGCCCACGUCGGCUGGCUGAUGACGAAGAAGCACCCUGAUGUAAUCCGCGAGGGUAAACAAGUCGAUAUGAGUGAUAUUGACAACAACCCAUUAAUUCAAUUUCAUCUGAAGUACUUUCAGGUGUUGAGACUUUUCUUCUGCCUAAUAUUACCGGUCGUUAUCCCGGCUGUGUUUUGGGACGAGCGCGUGUCUGUUGCGUUCUUUGCUCAAGUCCUGAAAUACAUGGCCAUGCUUCACGGCACAUGGUCUGUAAACAGCUUUGCACACCUGUAUGGCAACCGACCCUAUAACAGCAAAAUAAUGCCUCGAGAAAACUGGGUGGUAUCUUUUUUUGUCCUUGGCGAAGGCUGGCACAACUACCACCACACGUUCCCGUGGGACUACAAGGCGGCCGAGCUGGCCUUCCCUUUCAACGGAACCACGAACCUGCUGGAUUUUUUCGCCAAAAUUGGCUGGGCCUACGAACUGAGAGUGGCGCCACCAUCUCUGAUAGAAAAAGUUGCAAAGACUAAGGGCGACCUAAGUUAUCACAAAGAGUAAUUUAUAAGUAAUUGUCAAAAAUAAACUUGCCGUUCCAAACAGAUUCAAUGAAAUGAUCUAACUAAUUAGAUUUAAAUCAUUCCAGCAAUAUUUCUGCUUUAUAUGUAUUUAUUU